AUGACCCCAUUCAUCUUCAUUGUCGAAUCAUCGCUCCCUCUGCCUGCUCGAAUUGCUUUAGCAGCAACCGCACUUUCCACAAGUUCUAUCUCGACCGCCCUCGUUGGGUGGGCUGGCGCAUCCUAUGUCGUUGACCUGCGAAGGCUUUCGCCAGCCGACAAUGGCAAUAUCGAAGGCAUUGAGAUGACCACGCUCACGCUUACGCUACAAAGGCUCGUCACGCGUGUGUAUGACGCUGACUUCCUAGUAGAGACGAAGCGACCAUUUGCGAAGUGGGAGCUCGUGCAAAACGUCUUACUGCCACCGCCAAAAGAGGACGCACUCAUGGCAGUGAAAGGUGGCCCACCGGGCGAGGAGGAAACAAUAGCGGAAACCUUCGAUGCUUCGGGCAAGAUUGUGGGACGGUGGAUUGUGAAAUGGGAAAAAGAUGGUGCAGGAACAUGUCGCGGAAUGGGAAAGGUCGUGCGAUAUUUCAAUGUGCACGAGGAGCUGCUGUGA